UGUCCGGUUCCAUCCCUGUGUUGUGCUUGGAAGUCACUCCGGCCACAGUUCUCAAAAGAACUUUUCCAAACAUCUAAUUUCUUUUCUGUACCUUUAAAAGCAAAUUUCACUAGAGGAGAAGAGGAGAAAAGAUAAAUGGCAUUACAUUGAGAUUCGAGCUAGAGGGAGAUGCUGGGGACACUGAUGGCGAUGAUGAGCAUGUAGCGGGCCGGGGUCUAACCUGCACUGACAGUAGUAGUAAUAGCAGAACGACAAGAACAUUUUCUGUCUUCAUUGGAUUUGGUUAAAUGCAGAUGAGAAGAAACUGGACAGAUAAGAAGGACCCGGACGUCUUUAGUGGGCGGUGUUGUUUAUAAAGGAGUCAAUGACCUACAACGCCUCAUUAUGAAGAGACUUCUGGUUUCUGUGACAACUCUGAUUAACCUCCUGCUCCUGAUAUUGUCGGGAUCUGGAUAUUGUCAGCACAUUGCAGAUGAGUCUUGUUCUGUUCAGAUCCUUGUUCCUGGUUUAAAAGGUGAUGUUGGAGAAAAAGGAGAGAAAGGAGCACCAGGGAGACCAGGAAGAGUCGGUCCGCCAGGAGAAAAAGGUGAAAUGGGUGAUAAAGGAGUAAAAGGAGGCAUAGGACGUCAUGGGAAGAUUGGCCCUAUUGGUUCUAAAGGUGACAAGGGAGAUGUUGGUGAUAUGGGUCUUCCAGGUCCUAAUGGAGAACCAGGUAUUCCAUGUGAAUGUGGACAUUUGAGGAAAGCUGUUGGUGAGAUGGACAUCCUGGUGACACAGCUGACCACAGAGCUAAAGUUUGUCAAAAAUGCACUGCCCUCCCCUGCAGUUGUUGCUGGAGUGCGAGAGACAGAUACUAAGAUUUACCUGCUGGUGAAAGAAGAGAAGAAAUAUAUCGAAGCCCAAUCCUAUUGCCAAGGAAGAGGAGGAACACUCAGCAUGCCCAAAGACGAGACAACAAAUAGUCUGCUUGCCUCUUACAUCAACCAGGCUGGCCUCAGCAGAGUGUUCAUUGGGAUAAAUGACCUGGAAAAAGAAGGUCACUAUAUGUAUUCUGACCGGUCACCAAUGCAGACCUUCAACAAGUGGCGGCAAGGAGAACCUAAUAAUGCCUACGACGAGGAGGACUGUGCCGAAAUUGUGUCCUCAGGAGGAUGGAAUGAUGUCUCCUGUCUUAUAACAAUGUAUUUUAUUUGUGAGUUCGACAAAGAACAUGUGUAAUUUUUUUCCUAUAUCAAUUCAAGAAGUUCUCCAGCUAAAUACAUACAUUUAUGGUUAAAGGGACUUUGUCAACUCAGAGCAGCCCUAUUAACUACACUAAUGCAUGAAUAGUAUAGCUGACGCUAAGUUAAGCUCAGUCAUUUUAAUCUCUAUAC